CGACCCUGAGGAGCGAGAAGGAGAAAUAUGAGACGCUGGUGAUGGGGAAGUGGCAGGUCAUCGACCUCCAGGGCGAUGGUGCUCUGCAGCUUCUGCAGGAGGAGGAACAGGAAGCUGCGGGCGUACAUCGAGGAGAACGACAUGCAGAUCGCAGCCAUGCAGACCUCAGCAGCACAGACGGUGCAGGUGCAGACCUCCACAUCAUCACAGCAAACAUCUAGUACAUCCUCAUCAACAGGACAGCAAGAUUUGCAGUCCACCAUUGAGGAGAACAAAACACUGAAGAAACAGAUUGAAGAGAUGCAACUAGUCCAGGGCAACCUGCAGCAGGCACUGGCCACGAAGCUGGAGGAAAGUUCGGCGAACGUCACGAGGAUGCAGCUGAUGGAGAUGGAGGUGACGCAGCUGUAUCAGCUGCUGCAGGAGCACGGGGUGUCCAGAGAACAGGUCCAGCAAAUCACCUCAUCUGUGCAACACACGGAAGGAGCUGUAAAUGUGACGGAGACAGUGAGUUCGCAGUCACAGAGCAUUGUGGUGACCCAACAGAGCGAAGAGGUCCAGAGCCAAACCACGAAGACUACUGUGAAGUCAUCCAAGCUGAGUAGGCUGGAGGAAGAGGCUGCAAAGAUGGCACAGAAGAGGAAGAAGCUCCAGCAAGAGCUGGCAAGUCUGAAAACAUCAUACCAGGAGAGGGAGCGACGAAAACCCAGGAAGUCACCGUUUCACAAAAGAGUGAAACGGUCCUAACCCAAACCACACAGGGUACAGUAAAAACAUCCCUAAGCAUGGAGCUCGAAGAAGAAUUGUCAUCCUUGAAGUCAAAACUACAGGAUUAUGAGCAGAUCCAGACAGAGUUAGCAGAAACAAAGAAGGAGCUAGAAAAGCUCACAGCAGACAAAAAUGGCAAAGGGAAGAGCAAGAAGGCAGCCAAGGAG